ACUUGUUGUAAAUUGCAGAGACUGAUGAUGCGUUGUGGCAAUGGAUGCAUACAAAUGGUUCCGGCGAACUGUUUCUAAUCUGAAUAAGGCGUCGUUGCCCUCCGUCGCGGCCGCUCCCAGCGCUAGCAAAAGUUCCGAAAACAAAUUACAACCCCAAGAAGAGGAUAAAAUCUAUGGAAUCACAGAGAAAUUAAUCGAAUUGGUCAAAUCAUUCUCUAUUGACACCUUCAGGAACUUCGCUCUUCCUGACGAGGAAGAAAGUGGCUCUGAUGUUGGAAAGUCUGGGAAUGUACGGAUGGAUCUUUCUGACUGGCAGGAAACUCAUGCUAUGCUUGUCCUUUCCAGAGUCAAGGAACUUGCGCAACUACGAUUUCAAUUAUGCCCUCGCUAUUUGAAGGAAAAGCAGUUUUGGAGAAUAUAUUUUACUCUUGUUAGGAGUUUGGUGGUGGAAUAUGAGCUUCAUGCUGUAAGAGUAGCCAGGCUCAAGCAGAUCAGAUUGGAAAGUGAGACUGUGUCUAACAGUAGUGCCUGUGAAGUUGAAAUGUCUGACACAAAAUUGGUACCUCCUUCGGACUUGGCAACUUCAGUGGAAUAGAUGCUGUCUUCAAAUUUGUAAAAUUUAUGCUUUAUCUGGUUGGGGAACCUCUGGGAUGUGCGUGGAGAGAAAUUAUUAAUAUAGUAUGGAACUAUUUCUGGGAGGCCUCCUGGAAUUUGUGGUAAAUGGUAAUCCUCAAAUACUCUAGUGGAUAUACAUUGCUUCUUUUACAGCUGAGUUUAUUAGACGAUUUCACAGUUGAUCGAAAAAUCAUUUGUUGGCUCUUUUUAUGCUAGUUUAUCGUGACAUCGUCCGUGGAAACUUGGAAUGUAACGAAAUUCCCCAUGUAACACUGUAGUCUAUGCUGAAACUUAAAGCAAUACCAAUUGCUCAUCAUUUCUUGUA